UCUCCCUCACCAGCACACCAGCAGGGCCAAGACACUCUUCAACCGCUCCCAAAACAUCUCCGGCGAUCACCCACUCCACCUCUCGAUACCCGAGAUGGCUCGAAGGGUGAUGGAGAUUGGCCUGGCACUGGCGCUGGUGUCGAUGCUCUUGGCCCAUGCCUCAGCUCAAUCAGGCUGCACCACGGUGAUCCUGAGCCUUGCACCUUGCCUGAACUACAUCACUGGCAACUCUUCGACCCCAUCCUCCUCAUGCUGCUCUCAGCUAGCCAGCGUCGUGCAGUCUCAGCCUCGGUGCCUCUGCACACUGCUUAAUGGUGGUGCAUCGUCGCUGGGCAUCACCAUCAAUCAGACCCGGGCCCUGGCCCUCCCUGGGGCCUGCAAGGUCAAAACACCACCUGUUAGCCAAUGCAACGCUGUGGCCGGUGGACCGGCAGCUUCACCAGCGGAAUCUCCUGAAGCACCAAGCACUCCGGCAACUCCAACCACCCCAUCAACCCCGGCGCCAAAGCCUUCUCCAAAGACCCCAUCGGUUCCAAGCAGCACUCCUGCAACUCCAACCACCCCGGCAAACCCUUCUCCAGAGACCCCAUCGGUUCCAAGCGGCACUCCUGCAGCUCCAACCAGCCCAUCAACCCCGGCAAACCCUUCUCCAGAGACCCCAUCGGUUCCGAGCGGCACUCCUGCAGCUCCAACCACCCCAUCAACCCCGGCAAACCCUUCUCCAGAGACCCCAUCGUUUCCAAGCAGCACUCCUGCCACCACAUCGACACCAUCAGUUCCAAGUGGUCCUUCAGAAAGUGGAUCGAAGACUGUCCCCUCGACUACUGGUGAAUCCUCACAUGGAAGUUCCAACAAAUCAAGCCGCUCUCUAGUGAUCUCCAUCCUCUUCCUUGCUGCGGGUGUCUCACUCUUUAGCCUCUAAGUCCACUUGGUAGUCUGGAUUGUCUGUGAUCCUGUAUUUAAGUUUGUCAUACUGUGUACCAGCUUCUUGGAUGAUGCGAAUGAAUUCUUAUUGGUUUUGAGCGUAAA